CACCUCCCUGUCACUUAUACUACAAGUCCCAGAGUUUCUUGUACAUACAUAUGUAACCUGUAGAUGUAAAAUAUGUAAAUAUUUUUUAAUUCUGUUUCUUCUCUUUUAUAGAAAAGAAGAAUGUCAUUUUAGAGGCAGACUUUCUGGUCAAUGCUCUGCACAGCUGGGUUGAGAAAUAGUGACUUGAAAUUGCAGUAUCAACUAUUGGAGAUUAGUUGUUUAGCAGAUCAACCAGAAACUUUUCAAGGCAGAAAUAAACUAAUCCUCUCCGGCUUCCAGAGCACCAGCAAGGAAUUUUAAAAACACUGGACUUCCCAGCAGCUAAAUACUUUGGGGGAUUCAAAAGGCUACAAAACCAAAGAUUCACAAUCCUCCCUUUUUUCUCCCUGACCAAAGAACAAUUAUGGCUACAAUCAACUUCGUUUCCUGCUGCUUGCCUGCUAUAAGCUCCCUACCUACUCCCCGUUGAACACAAACAGCUUGUCACUGCAAAUCAGCUUAGCCAACCAAUUAAUAAAUCCUUCCAAACAUAUUGCAGCCACUCUAAUUAAGGGGUUUCCCCCACUCUUUAUUACAUAAAUUCCUCAGGUUUCAAGCUGAAGCUGGGAACUGCCUACUACAAUUCAACAUCCAACACAGACGCACACUGCAGGAAGAAGAGAAAAUGUGUUUUCUGACUAAGCAUCCAAUUCUUUGGAUAGCAUCUUUGACUUUUAUAUUUGGCCCAAACACUGCAGGAACACAACCUGAGGAAGAGCUGAUGGAGAACAUCAACCAUUUCUCCAGCCACAGCUAUUUGAUGGAUGCUUUGCAUAUCCUUUCAGCUGACAAUUGCACUGAAUGCCACCAGAACCAAUCAAGAGAAAUUAUCAGGAUGUUGCUGGAGAAAACAAUGUGUCCACAGUGGAUUUAUGGGAUGCAAGCAGACUGCAAUCUGUGCCUUGAAUCAGAUGAUUUGAUAUUAGUUGCUGGAGGAGAUUUAAGAGACCAUCUCAACGAAGAAGUGUUUCAGAAAAUUUCCCUCAUUCUUCUGUAUUAUAUCACUCAUCAAAGAGACACCUGUUCAUCAGAGCUCGGUCUGAGGAAAGGGGAUUAUAAUUUUUAUCUGAAAGGCAUGCUCUGUUUAAGAACCAUUGAAGACUGCAAUUAUUUCUCACGGAAUGAAACUGAAGAUGUUCUGGAUGCAAUAAGGAAGCAUUUUAAUAUCUCUGGAAAACAGUGUGUUUAUGUACGUGAUCUGGAAAAAGAAGCUGGGAUAGUGGACAUCAAUGGUGCUGAUGAGAAUACAUUCCCCCGGCUAGCUGCUGCCAUUCUUACAUGGGCUCUGCGAGGAGUCUGCCUGGGUAAAGCACAUUUACCCUCACCAGAAUUCUUUAUGAAAUAUAUUUUCAAUUUUCUAAACAGCACUAAUGAACUCCAUGUAACAGCAAUAGACCAACUCCUGAGCAUGCUAAGGGCUGGAAUGAAUUGCUGCACAAAUACACAAAUCCAGCAUGGCAUAAUAAUAAGAGAUACCAACUAUCUAAACGUUCCAGUUCCAACAAAGCCAAAGAAUGAGAACUCAAUAAACAGUUAUGAUGAAGACAAUGAAAAUACCAUUCAGUGGGAACAGUCCUGUUUCUCUGCAAAUGAGCUUGUGAGGAUACUUUUACGUGACAAUCCACGAACAAUUUCUAAGGAACACUUCAAGCAAAUAAGCCCAGCAAUCAUUCAGCAAUUACUAAGUUGUUCUUGCAAGCUUAUGGAGUCCAAACAAACAAAACCACCACCAACACCUCUGGAAAAGUAUGGCUACAGCACUGUUGCAGUUUUACUUAUUACAGCUGGAUCUAUGUUUGGCACAGCUCUCAUAUUAUUUAACUCUUGUCAAGAAUGCUAUACCCUCAUUUUACAACUCUUUGUGGGGCUAGCUGUGGGAACCCUUUCUGGAGAUGCUCUGCUACAUCUUAUUCCACAGAUUCUUGGUUUGCAUCCACAUGAAGCUCAAGAGGGUGAACAGUUCUAUGAUGGUAAAGAGCAUAUAUGGAAGAUGUUGGCUUUAAUUGGAGGGAUCCAUGGAUUUUUUUUGAUUGAAAAAGGGUUUGUUCUUUUCGUAUCACCACAUGACCAUCAGGGCCUUUCAUUAGCUAAUGGGCACUUGGGACAUUCUCAUGACCUUCUAGACAAGCAUGAAUUAAACCACCAUUCGAGCAGAGGCAAAUCCAUUUCAACUAUACAGUUGCACAGUCAUGAAGAUGCAGAGUCAACUGAAAUUUCUCCAGACAAGAAAGCAGUCAUCAGGAAACGUCAAGGAAUUAGUUUGUUAGCCAUUAUGGUUCUGGUGGGGGAUAGCCUUCACAAUUUUGCUGAUGGCUUGGUAAUAGGCACAGCAUUUUCAUCAUCAACAGAAACAGGUGUGACCACGACAAUUGCUAUCUUAUGUCAUGAAAUUCCCCAUGAGAUGGGAGAUUUUGCAGUACUGUUAAGUACAGGGCUUUCUUCAAAGAUUGCCAUUUUAAUGAAUUUCACAAGUGCCAUAACUGCUUUCAUUGGACUUUACAUUGGCCUUUCAAUAUCGACAGACCCUCGUGUUCAAAACUGGAUAUUUACUGUCACCGCUGGAAUGUUUUUGUAUUUAUCAUUAGUGGAAAUGCUUCCUGAAAUGACUCAUGUUCAGACACAGCGACCCUGGUUGAUGUUUCUCCUGCAGAACAUUGGAUUAGUAUUAGGUUGGCUCUGUCUCUUACUUCUGGCUAUAUUCGAACAGAAGAUUAAAAUAUAGACUUUCUGCU